CUCACAGGCCACAAAAAUUUGUGGCUCACAAAACUUCCACUUUUCUGAUGUGGCAUUGCUUUCCAACUUUUUGACCUUUAUAAAACUUCUUCACAGAAACACAUAAACCAUUGUACCUCCCUAUCUCUUUCUCUCUUUUUCUUCUCUUUUAACUCUUCACUAUCAGGUAAACAGAACAAAGAAACAAUAGCAACAACAAAAACUUAUUCUACAGAUAUACCCGAGAUGAUUAAUAAUUCAACCAUAACGCUUUUUGGGAGAACGAUUUUUAUAACACACAACAUCGAUGUAUCUACCAAUGAUUCUUCCUCAGAGUCAGAAUUUUCUCCGCUUCCUCAUGAAGAUUUAUCUCAUCAUAGUCUUCAUUCAUCUAUGUCUUCCUCUUCUCCACUUGAAGUGAAUUCUUCAACUGAACAUGAUGCAAAGAGAUAUAAGGAAACAUCAAGAAAAGAACUCAUCGAGGAUGAGGCUUCAUUCCAAACCACAGAGGAUUCAGAAUCUCCCACAUCUUCAAGCCUUAUCGAGAACCCGAAAACUCCCUCAUCUGAAACAGAGACGUCUCAAGCAAAUUCCACUAAAAUUGAUGAACAAACUGAUAUGUCACAAGAAAAAUCUCCAAAGAAACCAGACCAAGUUGUUCCAUGUCCAAGAUGCAAAAGCACGGACACAAAAUUUUGCUACUACAACAACUACAACGUCAAACAGCCUCGACACUUCUGCAAAAAUUGCCAAAGAUACUGGACUUCUGGAGGAACCACGAGAAAUAUGCUUAUAGGGGCAGGUCGUCGCAAGAACAAAGUCUCUUCUUCUUUUAAUUCUGAUGCCUCGCAUUAUCAUCAAAUGAGUACUGUCUUGACCUUUGGAUCGGAUUCUCCUAUCAUGUCUUCAAGUUCACUUGACAAAAAAGGGAAUGUUGGUUCACUUGAAAAAACAUUUGACAAGAGUUAUCAAAGUUUUCCUCAACAGAUUCCAUGGAAUCCUGCUAUGUGUUAUCCUGUGCCAAUCUAUCCAAAUAUAGCAUUCUGUGGUGGUUGUUUGAUACCAUCUUGGAGCGUGCAAUCUAUCUCAACACAGUUUGAUGAACCAAAUAAACUAACUUUAGGGAAACAUUCGAGAGAUGGACGACUUUCCAAGGGUUUUGCUUCUAACCCUGCAGCUUUAUCAAGGUCACUUUUGUUCCAUGAGAUGAUUUGAUUUGGAAUAGGUCACAUUGACACCUUGGUUUGAAGGCGUGCUCGGUGUUUGACAAUUGACACAUGUAAGUGUCUGACACUGACACAUGCGUGCAGUGUCAAUGUUGUGUCUUAAAUGGUAUAUUAAGCGAGAAAUAUUGAUUAGAUUCCAAAAUGUUUCUGAAGUAGAUCAUAGUCUAGUACAUAUUCUGCAAAGGUGCUAUCUUUCAGAAUUAGAUAACUUUGUUGAGUAAAUAUCUUUGAUGCACAUAUUAUGUAAAUGAGACAGGAUAAAUAACAAGGAAAAGACA